AUGAUUCAGUCUUCAGUUCAGUUUGGUGGGUUACCUAGUAAUGAUCCUAAUACUCAUUUAGUAAAUUUCCUGGAGAUUUACAAUACUUUUAAAUACAAUGGAGUAACUAAUGAUGCUAUUAGAUUGAGACUGUUUCCAUUCUCUCUAAGGGACAAAGCAAAAAAUUGGCUUAAUUCACUGCCUAAUGGGUUUAUCACUACAUGGGAGGAGUUGGCUCAAAAGUUUCUCUCAAAAUUCUUUUCACCUGCAAAGACUGCAAAGUUGAGGAACGAUAUCACCUCAUUCACACAAUUUGAUGGUGAGUCCUUGUAUGAAGCUUGGGAGAGGUUUAAAGAACCAUUGCAAAGAUGCCCACAUCACGAACUUCCUGAUUGGUUGCAAGUUCAGACAUUCUACAAUGGGCUGAUUGGGUCAAUUAAAACCACAAUUGAUGCUGCUGCUGGUGGGGCAUUGAUGAGUAAGAAUGCUGCAGAUGCAUAUAAUUUAUUGGAAGAGAUGGCUUUAAAUAAUUAUCAAUGGCCUUCAGAAAGGUCGGGUUCAAGAAAAGUUGUUGGAGCCUAUGAAAUUGAUACAAUGAGCAACUUAGCUGUGCAAGUGGCUGCACUGUCCAAAAAGAUUGACACAUUGGGAGUUCAUGCAGUUCAAAAUUCAAUUUGUGAGAUGUGUGGGGAUGGCCAUUCAAAUGAUCAAUGUCCAUACAAUUCUAAUCAGUCCAGUAAGGAACAAUGCCAAGCAAUCACCUUAAGGAAUGGAAAAGAGAUUGAAGGGGUGAAUGAAAAAGUAGUUGAAACUGAGAAUGAACAUGUUGAUAAUGAAAGAAUUUGUGAGAAAGAAAGUGAAGUCGAACAGAAAGAGAAGGUCAAGGCUAAAAAUCAAGGAGUUUCUCAAGUCAUUCAUCCUCCACCACCUUUUCCCCAAAGGCUCCAAAAGCAAAAGCUUGAGAAGCAAUUUCAGAAGUUCAUCAAUGUCUUCAAGAAAUUACACAUAAAUAUUCCUUUUGCUGAAGCUCUGGAACAAAUGCCUAGUUAUGUCAAGUUCUUGAAGUACAUCCUCUCCAAAAAGAUAAAGCUAUGUGAGUUUGAAACUAUCUCCCUUACAGAAGAGUGUAGUGCAAUUCUUCAAAACAAGCUACCACUAAAACUCAAAGAUCUAGGUAGUUUCACAAUCCCUUACACUAUUGGUAAUUUUUUUUUUACAAAAGCUUUGAGUGAUUUAGGUCCAAGUAUCAAUUUAAUGCCUUGGUCAAUUUUUGAGAAACUUGGUUUGGGGGAAUGCAAACCCACUUUUGUAACUUUGAAAUUGGCUGAUCGUUCUUAUGUGUACCCAAGGGGAAUUAUUGAAGAUGUUCUUGUCAAGGUAGAUAAAUUCAUUUUUCCAGUUGAUUUUAUAAUUCUUGACAUGGAAGAAGAUAGGCAAAUUCCAAUCAUUCUUGGGAGGCCAUUCUUAGCAACUGCUAGAGCUUUAAUUGAUGUUGAAAAAGGUGAGCUUACUUUGAGAGUUCAAGACCAACAGGUAACAUUUAAUAUUUUCAAAGCUUUAAAAUUGCCUGUCACAUCUGAAGACUGUUUUUCUGUGAGUGUAGUGAACAAUUUGACACAUGAUGUUUUCUUAAAAGAAAAUCCCAAUGAUCCUUUUGAAGCAUGUUUAUUUGCUAACUCUGAUAGGGAUGAUGAUGAGUUUAUUGAAUAUUCAAAUUUGUUGAAUGCUCACUCCAGAUUUAGAACUAAUCAUCAAUUUGAGUCUUUAGAUAUUUCAACUUCUUUGGUGCCAGCUUUUAAGCCUUCUAUUGAGGAGCCAUCUAUUUUGGAACUCAAACCUCUACCAGCACACUUGAGAAGAUUAAAUCCUAUCAUGAAGGAAGUAGUCAAGAAGGAAAUCAUCAAGUGGUUGGAUGCCGGAAUAAUCUACCCUAUCUCUGAUAGCUCAUGGGUAAGUCCAGUUCAAUGUGUUCUUAAGAAAGGAAGAAUGAUUGUGGUGGCCAAUGACAAUAAUGAGCUCAUUCCAACAAGAACGGUGACUGGAUGGAGAGUGUGCAUGGACUACUGCAAGCUCAACAAAGCUACAAGGAAAGAUCACUUCCUUUUUCCAUUCAUUGAUCAAAUGUUAGAUCGCUUGGCUGGUAAGGAAUAUUAUUGUUUUCUAAAUGGUUAUUCUAGCUAUAACCAAAUUGCUAUUGCUCCUAAAGAUCAGGAAAAGACUACAUUUACAUGUCCUUAUGGCACCUUUGCUUUUAGAAGAAUGCCAUUUGGAUUAUGUAAUGCACCUGCCACCUUUCAACGAUGCAUGAUGGCCAUAUUCACAAACAUGGUGGAAAAAUGCUUGGAGGCAUUUAUGGAUGAUUUCUCAGUCUUUGGAAAUAAUUUUGAUGAUUGUCUUUUAAAUCUUGCUAGGGUACUCAAGAGGUGCGAAGAGACAAAUUUGGUGCUCAAUUGGGAGAAAUGUCACUUCAUGGUGCGAGAAGGUAUUGUUCUUGGGCACAAGAUCUCUAGUAAUGGCAUUGAAGUAGAUAAAGCAAAAAUUGAAGCAAUUAAGAAAUUACCACCUCCAAUAAAUGUCAAAGGUAUUAGAAGCUUUCUUGGUCAUGCUGGUUUUUAUAGAAGAUUUAUUAAGGAUUUUUCAAAAAUUUCUAAACCACUUUGCAAUUUAUUGGAGAAAGAUGUGCCAUUUAAUUUUGAUAAUGAAUGUCUUGUUACUUUUGAUGAAUUGAAGAAAAGAUUAAUAUUUGCACCUAUCAUAAUUAGUCCCGAUUGGACUUUUCCUUUUGAGCUAAUGUGUGAUGCAAGUGAUUAUGCGGUGGGAGCUGUUUUGGGACAAAGGAAGGAUAAAAUCUUCCAUUCCAUCUAUUAUGCUAGCAAGACUUUGAAUGAGGCUCAGAAAAAUUAUACCACGACAGAAAAGGAGCUCUUGGCUGUGGUUUUUACUUUUGACAAAUUUCACUCCUAUCUCGUGGGGACAAAGGUGAUAGUGUACAUUGAUCACUCAGCUAUCAAGUAUUUGAUUGCCAAGAAGGAUACUAAGCCAAGAUUGAUAAGGUGGAUCUUCUUACUUCAAGAAUUUGAUCUUGAGAUUCGUGAUAGAAAAGGAAAAGAAAAUCAAGUUGCAGACCACCUCUCAAGAUUAGAAAUUGAAGCUCAAGGUAAGGAUUCGACCUUAAUCAAAGAGAUGUUUCGUGAUGAACAAAUCCUUCAAGUUGGUAAGAAAUCACUUCCUUGGUAUGCUGAUUUUGUAAACUAUUUGGUAAGCAAUAUUAUUCCCCCUGAUUUAAAUUUUCAUCAGAAAAAGAAAUUUUUGCAUGAUGUUAAAUUUUAUUUUUGGGAUGAGCCUUACUUGUUCAAACAGUGUAAAUACCAGAUGUUCAGAAAAUGUGUCUUGGAGGAAGAAACUAGUGGCCAAGCGAAAAUAUCGAAUCGCGAAAUCAAGAGGAUUUUGGAGAAAACCGUGUGUCCCAUAAGAAAAGAUUGGUCAAAGAGACUGGAUGAUGCACUGUGGGCAUAUAGGACUGCUUACAAGACCCCGAUUGGUAUGUCUCCAUAUAAGUUGGUCUUUGGAAAAGCUUGUCACUUACCGGUGGAACUUGAACACAAUGCUUAUUGGGCUGUGAAGAAAUUAAAUAUUGAUCUACAAACAACAGGUGAGCAAAGGUUGUUGCAAUUAAAUGAACUUGAUGAAUUUCGCCUUCAAGCUUAUGAGAAUGCCAAACUCUACAAAGAGAAAACAAAGCAAUGGCAUGAUAAGAAGAUACUAGCAAGAAGCUUUGAGCCAGGACAAGCAGUGUUGCUCUUUAAUUCUCGCUUGAAAUUAUUUUUGAGAAAGCUCAAAUCAAGGUGGUCUGGUCCUUUUAUUGUCAAUGAGGUAUUCCCACAUGGAGCAAUCGAAGUUAGAGGGACAAAUAGUCGAAAAUUUAAAGUCAAUGGACAAAGAUUAAAGCAUUAUUGGGGAGGCGAAAUUAAUAGUCAAAAGUCCUCAAUUCACUUGCUUGAUACGGCCUAA